GCACGAGUGACACACUAAUGGAUGAAUUUCAACAUAUACAUUCAGUUUUAUUAGCUAAUGGUUAUCCGGAAAACUUUAUCACUUGUCACAGUAAAGAAAGACCACCUCUUGACUACACAGCUUCUGUACCAAAGAAAGCUAUCUUUAUUAACCUACCAUUCAAGGGUGACCAGAUUAUUCAGUUCAAAGACAGCUCAAAGACUUCGGUCAGCCGUCAAACGCAUAUUCUGCGCCGCCUCAUCUCUUUUUCUUACUUGCCGAACAUUUUCGAUCCCUGCACCUACGAUCAAAGGACCAAAUUCUAUGAAGUCUACUUCUAACUGUAUCUACAAGUUCACCUGCAGCUGCGGUGACACCUAUAUAGGUAGAACCAACAAAAUGUUCCAAUGUCGUCGAAAAGAACAUGUUCCAAAAUGGCUAUUAAAUCAUAUAGAAAAUCCCAAUGUGAUUAAUCUUAAUAGAAAUCCAGCAUCAUCAUCCAUUGCAAAACACUUAUUAAUGUCAGGUCACAAAAUCAAUAUUAAUGACUGUUUCACAAUUAUUCUAUCACAUACCUCUAAUUCAAGGUUGGUGAUUAAAGAUGAUGAUGAAAUCGCUUUGGAUUUAUCACACGUAAAUCCUAAACUAUGUGUACAAAAGGCAGUAGAUUUCAACCUUCGCCUACCAUGAACUGACUACUUGACCUAUUUAAAUAUGAUUGGUCAUUAGUAUGUGCUUUUGUUUUAUAUAACUGAGUAAUUGUCAUG